CAAAGUCGUUUACAAACAUGGCCGCCGCAGAUCUUCUGCGAGUACGGCUUCCCUACCCAUGGAGUUACGGGGUCACGGAAGAUGGCAGGGUAUUCUUUAUAAACGACGAUACGAAAACUACAACAUGGUUGCAUCCAAUGACAAAAGAACCGGUGCAGACAGGGUUAACGGCAUCUUCAGACCUGCCAAGAGGUUGGGAACAUGCUUUCAAUUCAGAUGGUGUCCUGUAUUUUAUUGAUCAUAAUACUCAAGUCAGCACAUUUACGCACCCUGUCACAGGAGAGGUCAUGGCAGAGGAAGGAGCACCCCAACAGAAAAUAGAAAGUCCAAAGGAGAAAAGUAGCAUAGAACCCAAAAGAGGGAGUUUGAUCAAGAAAGGAAGCAAAAAGAUUGUUGACUCUCCGAUGGCCAAGCGAAGUGAGGAGGCCCCAGUCUCUAUGAAGGGCUGGCUGUAUAAACAGGAGGGAGGGACCAUUAAGCAGUGGAAAAGAAGGUGGUUUGUCCUGUCCGACUUUUGUCUGUUUUAUUAUAAAGGCCCAGAGGAACAACAGACUUUAGGCUCUAUUCUGUUACCAAGUUACAAGAUUAACCCAUGCGCAAGAGAUGAUGGAAUAGGGAAGAAAUUUGCUUUCAAGGCUGAGCAUCAGAACAUGAGGACCUACUACUUUGCUGCAGAGACCAAGGAAGGGAUGCAGAAAUGGAUGAAUGCCAUGAGCCUAGCCACCAUUUUGCAGAGAGAUCCAACCUAUCAAAGACGAUGGCAGCAGACCUCUCAGUACCCCCCACAUGACUACCAUAGCAACGCCAGUGUGGAGAGGCAGUUUAACCCUCCCCAGCCAUCUCCAAAUGUAUCAAAUGCCAGUGAAGAUGCUGGAUUUGGACCUCCACCUCACCGCCACCAUCUUGCAGCACCCAAUGUGCAUGAAGCACCACCUGGCAGAAACAGUGACGGCUCAGACGCAAUGAGAGACCAGUCUUACUCUGGUGGCAGACUUUUUGACCACUAUAACCCCUCAAGUAAUGGUCACAUUCCACAAAAUUACGAUCCAAGGUCAGUUCCCAAUGGCUAUGGCCGCCCACUGCCAGACUCAGGCAUGCAGAGAGGGAGCUACACAUCAGAAUCUUCACACGGAGAUUACAGACAGAGGGCACCACCGUACGGUGGCCCAGGUUCUGCGGGACCACCACAUCUUCCAGGCAACCAGCCUCAUUCUGGUGACAGGGGUUACCCAGCAACACGCUCUAGUACCACUCUGCCUCAGGCGGGACCAGAGAGGGGGAGAUCUCCACAGAGACUGGGAACAAACAAUAGGAGUAUAUCUUUAGACAGAAGGCAAUUUCAGCAAGAUAUGCCACCGUCUGGUGGCCCACCUGGGCCACCAACACAUAGUGCACCAUUGCCUCAGCAUCCACAGCAACAAGCACCGUCACAGUUCAGAAAUCGUGAGGAACCCGUACGAUCUGGUUACGUCCAACGUCGACCUGAUUCUGGAGAUUUCAUGAGGCAGCCACAGAAUAUGCCAUACGAACAAAAACAGCCAGGUAGUGCUCAGCCAGCAAGGCCAGUGUCAGCUUAUUAUGAAUACGAAAGGCCACAAAGAACCGAUCAACAGUUCAGGGACACACAAGGUGGCCGAGGUCAUGGUGGCUCCUCUGAAAUGCUUGGGCCACUCCAGGUCCAUGUCAGUCAAGAAUCCCAAAAGGAUGCUGCUCAGAACAGCAUGGGAUAUAGUGGUCCAGGCAGGUCAAAAGGAGACCAAGGAAGGCCCCUUAGCCAGUAUGAUUACAACAGACCAGCUCAAGGUCAAGGAAGGAGUAAUAAUGAUGAAUCUUCUAGGAGAGAGUUGCAGAAACAAGAAUCUCUACGACAGUUGAGAGACUGGCAUAAUAGAAUGCAAAGGAGUAGCCUGAGUCGACCAGACCAGAGUCCAAAUCCAGAUCAUUCUUCACAUCAGCCUCAGCAGACACAGGCUCAACACCUUAAACAGCCUGUAUAUGAGAACAUUCCAGGACAAACUGCACGUAGAAAUCUCAGCUCCAGUUUUCAGGAAGAUUCCCCUGCCCCUGUCAGACCCCCAUAUCCUGCUGCAUACAGGGACAAACUGGUAGAAGAUGCUGCUGCAAAGAAGACCCCAACCACAGCUCAAAAUAUGUUGGAGUCUUCCCAGAAUUCCAUGCGGCACGUGAAUGAGCCUCAUUUCUUCCAGUACCCACAGGUGCAGCAGACAAGGCCAGCACAGCCACAGGAGCCCAGUGUUCCUGACAGCUAUUUAUGGGCUAAACAACAUGUGGAGCAAGAAGAACAAAGACAGAAAGAACAACCAAAACCAAGAGAAGAGAUGCCAAGAUAUCCAGACAGUUAUUUGAAAGCUAAAGAUGAAGUAGAAAGAAUGCAACCCAGACCCAGAGAGAAAGAGCAUGCAGGACACCAAGAUGACAGAAGAGCUCACUACGGGGGCUACCCCACUGUGGCGCAGGGGCACCACCAACCUGCCAAAGCAGACUAUGAACACCUGGAUAAUUUCUAUUCAAAUCCCAAUGAUCCUCCAGAAGGCAGGCAUGGAGAAAGGGGUGAUACAAGAACUCCACACCAAGAAAGGGUUGCAUCCACAGUGACCAUGAGUAAAGAUAACUCAAAAGUACCUCAUAGAUCUCUAGUUGAUGAAAAUCUCAGUGAUUCGGCCAUACCUGAUUUCUCAUUCAGAGAUAUAUUGGAGGGAUCUGUCCAUAGUGGCAAAACACCCACAAUUGCAAAUACAGAUGAAUCUAUCAGAAUACUGAAUGAAUUAAUUGAAUCUUAUGGCCAUGAGAGAAAAGAAAUCAGAGGGGGGACAUCUGAAGAAGACCUACUGUCGCAAGACAGAGAACACAGUGAACUCAAACAGCAAAUUCCGAGUGAUCAUCUCAUCCCAAGUGGUGAGCAGAUUUUGGCCAAUCGCUCCAAAGUUGAAAUAGUUACGAUAACACCCCAGGGCAAAGGGUCUCGCCCUAUGCCCAAAACCAAAUCUCCUCCAAUGAUGGCUGUGCAGCCACUUAGCAGUUUUAAACCAAAAACUGUCAACAAACCUCUGACUUCUGGACCUGUCAAACCAAACUCGCCCAGUUCUAAAUCUCCUUCACAUUCAAAUGUGUCAGAAGAUCUUAGGUCUCCUAAUCAAAAUACUCACCUUAACGGUGUUCUCGGUGUUCAUCAAAGUAGUUCUCCUCCCCAAGUCAAUACCUCCUUGUCCACUAUGGAUGCAACCCAUAUGCAACCAAGUGCAGCACCUGGCAGCAGUAAGGCCAAUAUAGCGCCACCUAUGGGCAGCAGUAGGGUGUCGCCAUCUACAGGUGCGCACCAUGUCUCCUUCAUGGCUGAUAGUUCAGCUGGGGAAAUGACAGCCCAUUCCACCACCUUGGCUAGGGAAGGUGGUCGUUAUCCCAGUGAAGGUGCUGCCCCCCAGAGAGGCAGGGAUAAACUAAAAAGCCUGGACAUCAGCACAGUGAAGGAAGAACCUGACAUGUCUGACCAGGAUGUCAUAGCCACCAAGAAUUUUAAGAAUCUCAGGAAGAAUUUUGCCCUGAAUGGAAAAAUAAGACUCAGUAUAUCGGCCAGUGAUUUACUUGGGAAAUCUCAUGAAGAGUUGGUUUUACUUCUGAUAGAAUUACGGCGAAAGCAGUCCAGACUGGAGGCUGCAAGGGAUGUGUAUAAACAACAGUUGGAAACAGCAAAAGUGAGAGAGAAGGAUUUCCAGGCAUUGCUCCAGACUGGGAAUCGGCCACCAGAUUAUAUGGAACGAGACCACCACAUGUACUUGGACAUCAAGAAGCAACUAGAAGACAUUGAAAAACAGCUUGAGGUACACAAACCUUUGGUGAAUUUGGUGGACAAUCUGGUGAAAAUGGGCAGUUUAUAUGGUGGUGACAAUGACAUGUUUGCUUCACAGUAUAAGAGGAAUCUAUUGAGUCCAGAGGAGUACACGCCUCCCAAAAGAAUGCUGGAUUUCACAAGAAAGAUGCAGGAAGAGAAGCUAGCCCAGGAUUAUGAAAAGGAGGUGAAGCAUCUCAGUGAAGAUGAGGUGGACCUGGAGGAAAAGUUACAGAAGUUGUACGGUCUAGAUCGUUCACUCCAGGAGAAGUCAUUUAUGGUGACUAGUCUACAAGAGGAUAAAGAGUUGUUGGAGAAAGCAUUAAACAAUGUGAAGGCUCAGCUGGAGCACUCUCAGGAUGAUCUCCGGGAAGCUGCUCGCCUGUCACAGCAGCAGAAAAAUAUCGAGAAAGAGUUGUCUAAGGUGCGCCAACAGCUGGCUGAUAACUCAAAGGUAUUAGAAGAACUUACCACUGAAAAUGCUAAAGUGGAACAUGAGGUCAAGAUCUUAAGGUCUAAAAUUCAUGGAGUUCGGAAAAGCACAAGUACCCCCACCCUGUCAAAUAAUGAAUCUGUCCGAGCCAAAGUCAAGUUGGAACAGGAGCUGUCCAAGGUUCAAGAUAUGAUGAGUGGGCUUAAUGAACAGGGCAAGAAGCUGAGAGAAACUAUGCAAAAUCUACGCAAUUCUUCAACAGAUGUCAGAGGCUCAGACAAACCACAGGACAAAUCCAGUACCUAUAAUGAAACAGAUCUGGACAGUAAUAAUACUAAGAACAUUGCACUCUCUGGUUAUGAUAGGAGAAAUGGAAGAUCCUAUUUAGAUCAGGAUGAUGAUGACAGUGUACAGGACAGUGACACACCAUGGGACAUCAGUGAAGCAGAUGAAAACACUAAAAGAUUCUUUGGUUUGCUUCCAAAAGAUAAGCCUCGAGCAAGAACGCUGAGAGAAGUAAAGCAGAGAGAGACAGAGAGGAGAAGUAGGGACAGGGAGAGAAGGAAACCCUCGGAUACACAAGAAGCACCUGAGCAGGGAAUAAGGGAGAGAAGCAACUCCAUGCCUGAAAGAGGUAGACGGUCUCAGUCGUUGCCACGAAAGUUGAACGAAGUCCCCUCACUGCAACAGCAUGCCAAAAACAGUGUUGUUUCACCUAAGGAGCUCUUCACUGGGAAGAGAAUAAAGGAUCGAGAAAGGAGGCUUUCAGCAGCAGAGAGACUCUUCCCUACUCCUACCAACAACAGUACUCCUACCACCUCAGCCCCCAGUAAUAGUAAUACCAGUACCAGUCACAUGCCCAGACCUGCCGCCACAGCUUCUGUCCGACCCAUGCAGCUCUCAGCAGAAUCCAAGGCUCGCAGGCACAGCGAGUUGGGACUGGCACCAAAACCAUUCCAGGCCUCGGGCUCCACUGGGGGGUUCAGUAGGGUGAACCCAUCAUUGGGGCCCAAUCGCACUGGCUCUACACCUAACUUGUACAAUACCACACAGGGCACUGGUCCUGUUAAACAGGGCCCUGCAGUGCCCCCCAAGAAGAAGAAAGGACCUCCCAGGAGAACAGGGGCAAGGUACCUCACCAUCUCAAGUAGUGCACCACUCCAACUGGAAACCUCUCCAACUAAGAAGCUAGGAGUACAGACUUCUGCUGGAGACUUGAUAAUCAAUCAGAAUGAUCCAUUUGAAAGUGCAACUGGAGUUCGCAGAGGUUCCCUCGACUUUACUCCAGAUUAUGUACAGAGUACCUCAUUCAAAAAUGAACACAUAAGCAUUGAUACCAUUGAAAAAGAAGUGUUAUUCAUCCCAGGGAAGAUAGAAAUACCAGAACGUUAUGUACCAGAGAGUGAUGAGGAAGAACUCACGGAGGAUGAAAAGAGAAUGCGUCAGAAAAAGGCUGACAGAAUAAAAAAAUUGCUCUCUGCACAAAGUCUACAAGACUGGACAGAAACAGAACUGGACCCCUUCAAACAAGAGAAUGUGCAUGAUAAGUUCAGUGAAGAGAAACACCACAGAGAGCAUUUACUAUCUCUAAACCAGGCACUCGCUAAGGAAGUGACACAGAAAACCAGACAAGUAGCAGCCCAAAGAAGGAAGACCUGGUCAUCCAGUGAUACACACGUCGUCACGGCAACUAGAGUGGAAGUUAGUGACGGAAGUGACAGUGACAUAGAGAACCUGGGGACUCCGCUUGUACAACAGCGCGAAAAUUUCUUCACAUGAUACCAACGGAAUGCAGACUACUCUACAUUUGUCAAGAAAGUAAUUGUCAAUACAAACAUUAAUAGACUGUUUAAUCUGUUUGUGGAGAUGAAUUCAUUAUAUAUUUCUUACUUAUUUCAGGCACAUGAGAAUGUGGUUUCAACAGUGCACUAUUUUUACCGCCUCUGUUUAUGUAAAAAAAAAAAUAACUGAUUAUGAAGAAGCUGUGAGUGUUCAUGAUCAAAUAUUGUUAAUUAAAAAGAUAUACUCAGCAUGACUUUUCAUACAUUGUGGUAAAUAUUAUGAUUGCUAUAGAAUAGAAUUCUAGUGUAAUUUUUUUUAUAAGUUCUACUGCUGAGGUAUUUGCAUGUUUACCUGCUAUUCAGAAUAAUUUUAUGUUAAUUCAAAGCACAUUGAUAUGCUUGUCAAAUGCUUGUAAAUACGUCUUUUUUAAAAACUGGUGUACAUUUAUUGUCUUUGAACAAGUUUGCAGAGCAACUUAAAAGCCUAUAUGUAGUAGUUGCAAAAUUUGUACAUAUCUAAAAAAGUUUAGAUUAGACAAAACAUCACAGGGUAUUUAAUUCUAUGAUAUACUCUGCUUUUUACACAAUCAACAUUAUAUGAACAAAAAUAUAUAAAUGAUACAAAGUUGGAGUCAUAUUGCCAAUAAACAUAUGAUGUUUAUUUUGAAGUUGUGAAAAAAGGUUUUAAAGCAUAUAUUUCAAACCUUGAAGUGGAUCAAUAGGAAAAAGGGAACAAAGUACUGGAUUACUCAGUUUAUACCAUAAAUUACUAUAUGAUCAAAUGUGGGCUUAAUUCUUGCUUGUUAACCACCAAAUGCAAUGAUUAUGAAUAUUUACAUGCAGAUGGCACUUUGAUUGUAUCGUUCAAAUGCAGUACAUAUCUUUAUCAUUCAUGAUGUGGAAAUUAUCUCAUAUCAAUAUUGGAAUAUUCACAAAUGUAUAUUCUCCUUGCAUUCCAAACGCUUGCUCCCUUGUGUCACAGUUUGUGCCAUUCAGAACCUUGUGAAAAAAUGUGGCCAUUUCAAGGAACAGUUACGGAGUGGGCAUGUAAAUAAAGAACCCAGCAUUUAUAUAAAUAAUACACUUUAUGUUUGAGAAAGUAUUUUUUAAAGAAAUAUUUUCCGUUGUUGAAUUCUAGAGUUUUUAAUGAUAUUAUUUGUUGGAUUAUUAUACAGUUUGUGAUGCAAAUAUUUUAUGUAUAGAUUUAGAGAAAGGGACCACAGUUUUU